UGCAAGGUUGCCAGAACACAGUCGAAACCUUAAAAAGGUCUUAAAUGUAUGUUUAUAUUUUAAGAAUAGGGACAUAACAACUACAUAUUAUAUUUUCUACAUUGUUUGUUCUGUUCUGUACUUUUAGACUCACAGUUACGCUUAUUUCUACUGAAGCCCUAAGGUGUUGCAUGGUAAUGAUCCGUCCCGAACGGAACGCCUUUUCGCCGUUUCUGUUCCUCCAUAGGCUUAAAGGAUAGUGGUGGACAGUGUGGGACCAUGCUAAAGUUCACAACUAGUUUAUGAUUCGUUCGUUCAACACCGAGUUGAGCGUUAUCGAAGAGAACGAAGAUCAUGAGCGGCAAUCAAGAUCUCAGUUUCGAUCCCAAAGAGCAUCAGCAUCUGCGUUACAACCCGCUGAGGGACAACUGGGUCCUGGUUUCGGCCCACCGCAUGAAGAGACCCUGGGCUGGACAGGUGGAAAAACCCCCUGAGGAGCACAUACCCAGAUAUGAUCCCCGCAACCCGCUCUGCCCCGGCAACACGAGAGCCAGUGGAGAGAUAAAUCCAAGCUAUGACAGCACUUUUGUGUUUGAAAAUGACUUCCCCGCUCUUCAGCCUGAUGCUCCAGAUCCUGGCUCAGAUCAGCAUCCGCUAUUCCAGUCGAAAGCCGCCAGAGGUGUUUGUAAGGUCAUGUGCUUCCACCCCUGGUCUGACGUCACCCUCCCUCUGAUGAAAAAAGAAGAGAUUAUCAAGGUGAUUGAUAAGUGGGCUGAAAUUUUAGAGGAACUCGGUGCUACGUAUCCAUGGGUCCAGAUCUUUGAAAAUAAGGGAGCAAUGAUGGGUUGUUCGAAUCCACAUCCUCACUGUCAGGUGUGGGCCAGCAGCUUCCUGCCCAAUGAGCCUGCUGUGGCUGACCGCUGCCAGAGAGCAUACUAUCAGAAAAACGGAGAGCCGCUGCUGGUGCAGUACGCCAAACAAGAAGCAGAGAAAAAGGAGCGUGUGGUGGUGGAGAAUUCUGAUUGGCUGGUGGUGGUCCCAUAUUGGGCAACGUGGCCUUACCAGACGUUGCUGUUACCACGACGACACAUCCUCAGGAUCAAUGAACUGACAGCAGAGGAGCGUGACAGUCUGGCAGCUAUCAUGAAGCAACUGCUGACCAAGUACGAUAACCUCUUUGAAGUUUCGUUCCCGUACUCGAUGGGCUGGCACGGAGCCCCAACUGGCCCUUGUUUAAAAGAUGACAACUCCCACUGGCAGCUCCAUGCCCAUUACUACCCCCCUCUGCUACGUUCUGCCACAGUGAAAAAGUUCAUGGUGGGGUACGAGAUGCUCGCCCAGGAGCAAAGGGAUCUAACGCCAGAACAGGCUGCUGAGAAGCUGAGGAAUCUUCCAGAGGAACACUAUAAAACAAGAGAGAACCGUGAACAGGAAGCACAAAGGAAAUGAAACAAUCCCUUCAAUUCUUGGAAGAGCUCAGUUUGGAGGCCUACCAACUGAAAUGUGCCUUUAAGAAAACAUAGGGAGCAAUCGAUGGUGUAUUCCAGUACAAAUUACGUCCCUGACAGUUUUAAAUGUGAGUGUUGCAUCCCCUGUCAUUGCUUGGGGGUGCAGAUUUUGAACAGAAGUCUAGAUGUAAACAAUGACACCAAAUGCAUGUAAGAACUGAAAAAGACUUUAAUCAGUUCAAAUCUGAGUUUCCUCACCACAGAACAACUUUCACGAUAAAUCAAUUGAUACAUCUUGUUGCUGAAGGAUGGUGUGGAGAGGUACGUUUUUGGCAAAAAGCAACAUAAACAAAGCAUAAUGGGAUUCGGUUUUCUUUCCAACUUCAUGCUGUUGAAGGCAACUUCAACCUGUCUUUGAAGUUGAAGUUGCCAAAGUGAAAGGCAGCAUCUGCAGACUCUGCCUAGGAUGCAUUUAAAUUCCACUACAGGUUUCAUACAUAUUUUUGCUCUUCUGUGUGUUUUACAUACUGUUAAGAGAAGAAUUUUAAUUGGAUGUUUUUUAAUGCUUUUUUCUUCUUGCUGCGAUUAUUGAUUUGAAAUAAAACGCAACUUGAAACCCA